UUCUAUUCAUGAAAACUGCAUGAGCGACGCAUAAGACCGCAUUUGAAUAACUUUAGGAACGGCGGUAAAAAAAUACCUUUGGCUCUUUCUCGUUUUGAUCGUGCGUUGAGGAGGUGAAAAAUGGCCAAAUCUUCUGAAAAGAAGGGAAAGAGCGCCAUCAACGAAGUUGUGACUCGUGAAUACACUGUGAAUCUUCACAAGCGUCUUCAUGGCGUUGGAUUCAAGAAACGUGCUCCACGAGCCAUCAAAGAAAUCAGGAAGUUUGCAGAGAAGCAGAUGGGAACGCCCGAUGUUAGGAUAGAUACACGUCUCAACAAACAACUGUGGUCGAAAGGCAUCAGAAAUGUUCCCUUCAGAGUUCGUGUAAGACUGAGCAGGAGGAGGAACGAUGAUGAGGACUCUGCAAACAAGCUGUACACCCUCGUCACAUAUAUAUCUGUUCCGUCGUUCAAGGGACUUCAGACCGAGAAUGUGGAUGCUAGCCAAGAUUAAUGUAUUUCUGUAUAAUAAAUAACAAUGAACUGAA